CCCUCCUCUCGGCCUUUGCGAGAAGGUCAAUAAUUCACGUCUUUCGUCUGUUAAAAACCAGUCCCGAUACAGGGAUCACAAGCGUCGUUACUCUUUCGUCUCCGUCUCUCUCUCUUCUCCCUGAUCUCGAUCUCCCGCAGAAACAUAAAAAUAAAAUAAAAAUCCCCAUUUCGUCAAAACCCUAGAAUUGGAUCGACUGAACAAUGGGGAGUAAGGUUUGGGUGUCGCUAGAUGUCGGAAGCGAUGGAGUCGCUCUCAUCACCAUCUCCAAUCCCCCAGUCAACGCUCUCGCUCCCGCCAUCGUCGCUGCGUUGAAGGAGAAGUACACGGAGGCGAUGAAUAGAAGUGAUGUCAAAGCUAUUGUGCUGACCGGCGCUUCAGGGAAAUUUUCUGGUGGUUUUGACAUUAAUGUUUUCGCCGAGGUUCACAAGACAGGAAACAUAUCGCUGUUGCCAGAUGUAUCUGUUGAACUCGUGGUGAACGUAAUUGAAGAUGGACCGAAACCUUCCGUUGCAGCCAUUCAAGGCCUUGCUCUUGGUGGCGGUUUGGAGUUGACUUUGGGUUGUCAUGCUCGAAUAUCAACUUCAGAAGCCCAACUUGGAUUACCUGAAUUGACUCUUGGUAUUAUCCCCGGAUUUGGAGGCACUCAGCGUCUUCCAAGGCUUGUAGGUCUACCAAAGGCUAUAGAUAUGAUGCUCCUUUCAAAGACCAUUCGUGCCAAAGAAGGGAAAGAAUAUGGCCUUAUUGAUGCCAUUGUUUCCCCUGAGGAGCUGAUAAGAGUUUCAAGGCUUUGGGCAUUAGAAAUUGCUGACAGGCGUAAGCCUUGGAUUCGUUCCCUUCAUCGGACAGAUAAAAUAGGCUCCCUUGCUGAGGCACGAGAAAUAUUAAAAGCUGCAAGGCAACAGGCUAAAAAGACUGCUCCAAACAUGCCACAGCACCAAGGGUGCCUUGACGUAAUUGAGGAGGGAAUCAUUUUUGGAGGAUAUGCUGGUGUUCUGAAAGAAACAAAGCUUUUCAAUGAGUUGGUUUUAUCAAGCACUUCAAGAGGCCUUGUUCAUGUGUUCUUUUCUCAACGAGCCACAUCUAAGGUACCUAAUGUUACUGAUGUUGGUCUCAAACCAAGACGGAUAAAAAAGGUUGCAGUUAUUGGUGGUGGGCUGAUGGGUUCUGGCAUAACUACUGCCCUUAUCCUAAGUGGCACACAUGUCAUUCUCAAGGAAAUUAAUACCACAUUUCUGCAGAAGGGAUUGAAAUCGGUAGCAGCAAAUCUUGAAGGCUUAGUGAAGAAAGGAUCUAUGACACCGGAUAAGAUGAGCAAGACUUUGUUACUUCUCAAGGGUGUGCUUGAUUACACAGAUUUCAAGGAUGUAGAUAUGGUUAUUGAGGCCGUUAUUGAGAAGGUCCCCCUGAAGCAAUCAAUAUUUAGUGAAAUCGAAAAGGCCUGUCCUCCGCAUUGCAUUUUGGCAACAAACACGUCGACUAUUGAUCUGAACAUUGUUGGACAAAAGACGAGUUCACAAGACCGCAUUGUAGGGGCACAUUUUUUCAGUCCUGCUCAUGUGAUGCCGUUGCUGGAAAUUGUCCGCACGGAGAAGACAUCUCAGCAAGUAAUCCUUGAUCUCAUGACUGUUGGAAAGGCAAUUAAGAAAGUUCCAGUCGUGGUAGGGAAUUGCACAGGAUUUGCUGUUAAUCGUACUUUCUUCCCUUACACUCAAGGAUCACAGUUGUUGCUACAUCUUGGUGUUGACGUGUUCAGAAUUGACGCUGUGAUUAGAAAUUUUGGCAUGCCAAUGGGACCUUUCCAACUUGCAGAUGUGGCUGGGUAUGGGGUUGCUUUGGCAGUUAAGUCAAUAUAUGCAGAUGCCUUUAAGGGCCGGGUUUUCCUGUCAGAUCUGAUGGAUCUGAUGGUUGAAAAUGGGCGACAAGGAAAAGCCAAUGGAAAGGGUUACUACUUGUAUGAGAAGGGAAGCAAGCCAAAACCAGAUCCUAGUGUGCAGACAGUCAUUCAGGAAUCUAGAAGGCGUGCUAACGUCAUGCCUAAUGGAAAGCCCAUAUCUGUUACUGACCAAGAGAUUUUGGAGAUGGUAUUCUUUCCUACUAUUAAUGAAGCGUGCAGAGUCAUGGAUGAAGGGGUUGUUGUAAGAGCAUCAGAUAUUGACAUUGCUUCUGUUCUUGGAAUGGGUUUUCCCAAGUAUAGGGGUGGUCUUGUAUUUUGGGCUGAUUCGAUCGGAUCUGGCUAUAUAUAUUCAAAGCUUAAUGAGUGGGCUGAAAAGUACGGUGGCUUCUACAAACCAUCACGGUAUUUGGAAGAAAGAGCUAAGAAAAACCUUCCACUGAGUAUGACUAGUUUGGCACCAUCACAAGCUUCAAGGGCGCGCCUUUAAUGGGCUUCACUGUGUUAAAGACAUGAAGGAAGUGCAAGGAAUAAUACUGGAUUAUGUUUCUUCUGUUGCGAGCAUUUUAGACGUACUAGAAAUUAAGUUUGCAAAAACACAGUUAUAGCAAAAAAAUGUGUACUAAUGGUUUCUCUGUAUGUGUCUUGGUGACAUCCCCAGUGCAAAAACAUAGAACAUAAAAUGUGCAUUAAUGAAAAAUAAAGUAUGUUGUCUUGAUGACAUCUGCAUUGCAAUA